AUGGAAUGCAUUCCGGGAAAAUACGGAAACACAUGUGAUCAGAACUGUUCAGGAAAUUGUAAGGAUAUGUUGUGUGAAAAGUCCACGGGAAACUGUAAUGAUUGCGUUCCCCAGAAGUACGGCAUUAAAUGUGAACAGAAUUGUUCUACAAAUUGCCUGGAUAGGCUAUGUGUGAAAGACAAUGGGACCUGUUAUGGAUGUGUCACAGGAAAAUACAGCAACACCUGCGAACAGAACUGUGCUGAAAAUUGUAAAGACAUGUUAUGCAUAAAGGAUAAUGGACAUUGUUCUGGUUGUAUUGGAGGAUAUUACGGUUCAAAAUGUUCGAUGACAUGCGAUAGCAGUUGUGCUAAGUGUGGGCAGCAGAAUGGCGAAUGCACGGAAUGUAAGGCGAGUUUUUACGGAGUGGAAUGCAACAUGACAUGUGGCCAUUGUAGUAGCUGUAAUAUAGACACUGGUGCUUGCGUGACCGAAUGUGAACCUGGCUAUGAGGGGAAAUUCUGCAAUACAGGUGUUGGAAAUAAUUCAAAAAACGUUGGACCAAUAGUAGGAGUUAUUGCAGGGGUGAUUGUUGUAGCUGUCAUCGCUAUUGUUAUUGUCAUCAUCGUCAGAAGACGUCGCUUGAGUGCCGGUAAACAGGAAUCCUUUACUGAUAUUGGUCGUUCCGAUGUACACGAGAAGAACAUAUACAGCGAACCAUCUGGCAAAUCUGGGGUUGCAGGGAAAAACAUCUACAGUAAUCCAUCAGAUCCAGACGAGCCACACGAGGAAACAGUCAAUGUUUAUGUUAACACUGAGGAGGUAAGAAGAGAACCCGGAUCUAGUGGUAGCGUCUACUAUAAUACCGGUCCUGUUGGAAUUCCUGUCUCCAGCCUCAAAUCUCUUGUCCAAACAAAACUGAAAAACAAGGCCAAGGCUUUCGAGAACGAAUACAAGUCUAUACCGUCUGGAGCUUUACAUGCACAUACCUUUGGAAUGUUACAAGAAAACAAAGCAAAGAACAGAUUUAAAACCACAUUUCCUUAUGAUCAUUCCCGUGUGAUACUUGAUACAGUUGGAAAAGAUUCACACUCCGAUUACAUCAACGCCAACUACAUCGACAGUGUUAGAAAAACCGCGGAAUACGUAGCAACACAAGGACCAAGGCCCAGUACUGUGAAUGAUUUCUGGCGAAUGAUUUGGCAGCUCAAGACCGGUAAAAUCGUCAUGUUGACAAAUCUCAUAGAAGGAGGAAGACCGAAGUGCGACAAAUAUUGGCCAGACGAGGGAGUCCCUUUGACUACGGCAAAUUUCAGCAUCACUAUGGACAGGGAAAGGUCGUAUGCCUUCUACGUCAUCCGUGACCUUACAGUAAUAGAAAAGAAGACGAAGACAGUACGUCAGAUACAUCAGUUCCACUAUACCACGUGGCCCGACCACGGGACUCCAGACCCAAACGAACUCGUUGUCUUCCACCGCCGUGUGAUGAACUACCAGACCGUCUUGACAGGCAAAAUGGUUGUCCAUUGCAGUGCUGGUAUUGGUAGAACGGGAACAUUCAUUGCCCUCGAUGCUCUCCUGGAAUACGGGAAGGAGUCAAGACACAUUGACGUCAUACAAUACAUAAAAACCAUGCGGAAGGAUAGGAUCAAUAUGGUUCAAACUGCUGAACAAUACAUAGCUGUACACCAGCUCCUUAUAGAAGCCUUCGAUAUGCCAGACACCCUGAUUCCGAGAAUGAAGUACCACACGACACUUACUGCUCUCUGUAAUGGCGGCCCCACGAACCAAACAAAGCUCAGGAAGGAAUACCAGCUGACACAGUCUAUGAAACCAGCUUAUGAUGAGACAAGCUACCAAGCCGCCUUACUGCCAUCCAACAAGAUGAAGAACAUGACCUUAUCUGUCCUCGCAGUGGACAAGUUCAGGGCGUACCUUCGAUCACAGGCUACUGGUAGAACGGAUUAUAUCAAUGCAGUGUCAGUGCCCUCCUAUACAUCCAAAACUGGGUACAUUGUCACACAGACUCCUCUGGAGGACACCGUGGUGGAUCUGUUGACGAUGAUAAUGGACCACAGCUGUCAAACAAUUGUCAUCAUCGAGCCGGACGACAUUGACUGGCUUCCAACUGAAGAUGAAGAUAAAUCUAUUGGAGAUUUUACUUUGGAACACAAAGGGACGUCCUCAACCAUUGCAAAUGUUGAUUUGCUUGAAAUUGCAAUCGAAAACGCGGCGAAUAGCUUUAUUGCCACUGUUCGGGUGUUCCACGUGACUGGAUGGAGUAGAGACUCGUCAGUCCCCCAGGAUUCGUCCAUGUUGCUUCACCUACUGGAACUUGUUGACAGCAGACGCAAAUCGGACGAUACCAAGACAACAAUAGUCAUGUGUCGUGAUGGCUAUUCCCAGAGUGGGCUGUUCUGUUGUAUCAGUAAUGCCCGAGACCAAAUGAAGAGUGACGAAGAAAUAGAUAUCUUUCAGAUUUCACGUCAGCUGUUAGUACGACGUCCAGCAUUUUUGAUCAAUUUUGACCAGUACAAAUGCUGCUACAACGUGAUUAAAGACUACCUGGAUACCACUGACGUGUACAUGAACUGAUUAAAGACUACCUGGAUACCACUGACGUGUACGUGAACUGAUAAAGACUACCUGGAUACCACCGACGUGUACAUGAACUGAUUAAUGAGUACCUGGAUACCACCGACGUGUACAUGAACUGAUUAAUGAGUACCUGGAUACCACCGACGUGUACAUGAACUGAUUAAUGAGUACAUGGAUACCACUGACGUGUACAUAAACUGAUUAAUGAGUACCUGGAUACCACUGACGUGUACAUGAACUGAUUAAUGAGUACAUGGAUACCACUGACGUGUACAUGAACUGAUUAAUGAGUAUCUGGAUACCACUGACGUGUACAUGAACUGAUUAAUGAGUACCUGGAUACCACCGACGUGUACAUGAACUGAUUAAUGAGUACCUGGAUACCACCGACGUGUACAUAAACUGAUUAAUGAGUACAUGGAUACCACUGACGUGUACAUAAACUGAUUAAUGAGUACCUGGAUACCACUGACGUGUACAUGAACUGAUUAAUGAGUAUCUGGAUACCACUGACGUGUACAUGAACUGAUUAAUGAGUACCUAGAUACCACUGACGUGUACAUGAACUGAUUAAUGAGUACCUGGAUACCACUGACGUGUACGUGAACUGAUUAAUGAGUACCUGGAUACCACUGACGUGUACAUGAACUGAUUAAUGAGUACAUGGAUACCACUGACGUGUACGUGAACUGAUUAAUGAGUACCUGGAUACCACUGACGUGUACAUGAACUGAUUAAUGAAUACCUGGAUACCAUUGACCAUAAUUACUAAAAAUAGAACCAGAUACUUAAAAGACCUAUUCUUUCUGUUUUUGUCGGAACAGAGGAGAGGCUAUAUACACAUUGUUUUCAACAAUGUUACUGUUUGUUGUUUUUAUUAUUUGCGUCUAAUGUUUUACUUAAAUAGCAUAAUACAUUAUAAUAGUUUUCCGUUAUAAAAGGCUAUAUUUUACAGUUGUGUCAAGUUAAAAGUCUAAAUGAAAAAAAAAAAAUAUGGUAUAGUUUAACUUUCAUCCUUUGCAGAUUGUUCUUUUUUCAUGCAAACCAUCUAAAUUGAAUCUCAAAUGCAUUAACAUUUUAUCUUCUCAACGCAUCAGCAUAGUCGCGCCCUCUUUUAAUGAUACUAUCCUUGAUGUAGUGAAACAGACAAAUAGGUGAGAUAAUCAGACAAUCAGUAGGCUAUGCAGGAAUUCACUUUUAAGUGGUAAAAUGCACAAACAGAUGGUUUUUGCUGACUCCCGUUUAUCCCUCUAACGCUAGACGUCAUCAGUACUACAGUAGUUUGAGUUCCGAACUAUAGUGGGGGAAUUAGAUAAGUUUUCAAUUACCUAGUCUGAAUGCUUAACAUAUUUUAAGUAUGCUCCGUCACAUCAUUAAAAUUGAAAAUGGUCUCGAUUAAAGAUGAUUUAAUACGAUUUAAAGGGCCAUUCCUUCGUUCCGACAUCAGAAACAUGCACAAUUUCUAUUGAGGAAAUCUAUGUCUGAACGAUGAUUAUUUGAGUGUUUGUGCCGAAAUGUACAAAAGAGGCGUACCGUAUACAAAUACCGUAUGUUUUUGCGAUAAUUAGUGAGACUUCCGGUCGAAUUAAGAAUUUUCACGACUUAAUACUCAAAGAACUUUGGUUGAACUUCAGAGUAAAACUGCCCUACCAAUGUAAAGGUUAUAACUUGAAAUACGUAAGUUCAAUUUUGACGACCUAAACUUUUUUCAAGCGAAGUGGGGCUAA